CGCGCCCUUCCGCCUCCGCCGCGGGGCCCGGCUCCGAGCGGCGGCUCCGGCCCCGGCCCCGCCGGGCCCCGCCAUGGCCUCGUGCGCCGACAUCCUCCGCAGCGAGUUCCCGGACCUGGACGGCGAGGUCUUCGAUUACGUGACGGGGAUCCUGCACGACGGCGGCGCCGACUUCGAGUCGGUGGACGAGCUGGUGGAGGCGGUGGGCGAGCUGCUGCGGGAGGUCUCGCGGGACGCCAAGGACGACGGCGCCAUCCGGGAGAUCUGCCAGCGCCUCUUCAACACCCUCCAGCUGGACGAGGGCCGGGCCCAGCGCUGCAGCCAGGUGCUGCUGGACGCUCCCAUCCAGCUCUCCCAGAUCACUGAUGGAUAUGCUGACAACAGUGUGGACCUGCUGCCAGGGCUGUUGCUGAAGAGAGGCCAGACCUCGAUGGUGAAUGCCAAGAAACUGGAGAAGGCAGAAGCCAGGUUGAAAGCCAAGCAGGACAAGAGGAUGGAGCGGGAUUCCCUGAAGUCAACUGGCCCUCUGGUCCUUGAGGAGGCAUCUGCCAGCCAAGCUGCCAGCAAGAAGGAGACUCGCAUGGAGUCAUCAGGCAAGAACAAGUCAUAUGAUGUCCGCAUCGAGAACUUCGACGUGUCCUUCGGUGAGCGUGUCCUACUGGCAGGAGCAGACCUGAACCUGGCGUUUGGACGGCGCUACGGGCUGGUGGGCAGGAACGGGCUGGGGAAGACCACCCUGCUGAAGAUGAUUGCCAGCCACAGCCUGCGCAUCCCCUCGCACAUCAGCGUCCUCCACGUGGAGCAGGAGGUGGCAGGGGACGAGACGCCGGCGCUGCAGAGCGUGCUGGAGUGUGACACCACUCGGGAGAGCCUGCUGCGGGAGGAGAGGGACCUGACAGCUACGGUUAAUGCUGGCAGGGGAGAAGGGACAGAAGGUGCCAGGCUAUCGGAGGUCUACGCGAAGCUGGAGGAGAUUGAGGCAGACAAGGCCCCAGCAAGGGCAUCCGUCAUUCUUGCUGGGCUGGGCUUCAAUGCAAAGAUGCAACAGCAAACAACCAAAGAGUUUUCCGGAGGCUGGAGAAUGAGACUGGCCUUAGCCAGAGCCCUGUUUGCCAGGCCAGAUCUCCUUCUGCUGGAUGAACCAACAAACAUGCUGGAUGUGAGGGCCAUUUUGUGGCUUGAGACCUACUUGCAGACUUGGCAGUCGACCAUCCUCGUGGUGUCCCACGACAGGAACUUCCUGAACGCAGUGGCCACAGACAUCAUCCACCUGCACUCACAGCGGCUGGACACAUACCGUGGGGACUUUGAGAACUUCAUGAAGAUCAAGGAGGAACGGCUGAAGAACCAGCAGCGAGAGUAUGAAGCCCAGCAGCAGUACCGUGAGCACAUCCAGGUUUUCAUUGACCGCUUUCGCUACAACGCCAACCGUGCUUCCCAAGUGCAGAGCAAGCUCAAGCUGUUGGAGAAGCUGCCAGAGCUGAAACCUGUGGACAAGGAGUCUGAGGUGAUCAUGAAGUUCCCUGACGGCUUCGAGAAGUUCUCCCCCCCCAUCCUACAGCUAGAUGAAGUAGACUUCUACUACGACCCAAGUCACUACAUCUUCCGUUCCCUCUCCGUCUCUGCUGACCUGGAGUCCCGCAUCUGUGUGGUUGGGGAAAACGGAGCUGGCAAGUCGACCAUGCUAAAGAUCUUAAUGGGGGAGCUGGCACCAGUCAGAGGGAUCAGACAUGCUCACAGAAACCUAAAGAUUGGUUAUUUCAGCCAGCACCAUGUAGAUCAAUUGGACUUAAACAUCAGUGCUGUAGAGCUGCUGGCAAGAAAGUUCCCAGGGAAGACAGAGGAGGAGUACCGGCAUCAGCUGGGGAGCUAUGGUGUCUCGGGGGAGCUGGCCGUGCGUCCUGUGGCCAGCCUGUCUGGAGGUCAGAAGAGUCGCGUGGCCUUUGCCCAGAUGACUAUGUCCUGUCCAAACUUCUACAUCCUGGAUGAGCCAACAAAUCACCUGGACAUGGAGACCAUCGAGGCACUGGCAAAGGCCCUGAAUAAGUUCCGGGGUGGUGUAAUUCUGGUGUCCCACGAUGAGCGCUUCAUCCGCCUGGUGUGCCAGGAGCUGUGGGUGUGUGAGAACUCCACCGUGACCCGCAUCGAGGGCGGCUUCGACCAGUACAGAGACAUCCUGCACGAGCAGUUCCGGAAGGAGGGCUUCCUAUAAGGGAGGCAGGAGCUGGACUGUGCCAGGGGCUGGAGCAUGAAGCUCGGCCUCGCCAUCCAUCCCAACUGUGCCUGGCAGGGCGCUGAGGACGCUGCUGCCCGCAUGGACCGUCCAGCCGUGCCAUCAAACUGCCACCUCAACUGCUCUCCCCUCCCGGGGCCGCGUGUGGGGACAGCGGGGGAGCAGGAGCCCGGUCCGUGGCCGGGGGGCACGCGGGGGCUCUGCUGCUGGCCAGGGCUGUGCCUGGCGCUGGGCACGCUGGAAAUCCUGUGCCUGGAGGAGGGAAGGAGGUGUCUCAUCCUGACCCCCUUGGUUUAACCCCGUGCUCUGGAGGGCAGGAGAGGAGGUGUUCUCCAUGUUUGUUGCUUCCCUCCCUCUGCCUUUUUCUUUCUUUCUUUCUUUUUUAUUUUUUUUGUGUUUAACGGGCCGCACGCUAGUCAGGCUCCAUCACACACCACUCCCCUCUGCUAUCCUGGAGGGAAGCAAGGCCUUUGCUGCUAAAAGUGUCCCUGCCUCUUCCCCCAGACCCUGAAGCCAGAGCUGGCUUGGCCUGUCCUCCCAAGGGGCUUGUGCUCGCAGUGCCCAAGGAGCCACCACCCGGCUCCUCUCUCCGCGCUGCUGCCGCUGCCCCCUGCCCUCGCUGCCUGCCUUUCCUCUCCAGCCGGCCCCGGGGGGGCUGCCCCGGGGGGCUGCUCGGCACCCCCCCCGCCCGCCUGCGCAGAGGGUGCGGUGUAAAUAAACCCAGGACGCAGUGGG